CUGAUGUUCUAGAUUUGGGUUACUGAGGGAGUUUGCCUGCCUCUCUGGAGGAAGAUGGCCAUGUGGUUCCUGUGGAGUCUGCUUCUCUGGGGAGCACUACCCAUUGCAGUUAUCCACACCCAGGUGCUAAGCAAGGUGGGGGGCUCAGUACUGCUGAUGGCAGAGCACCCCCCUGGCUUCAAAGUUCGUGAAGCCAUCUGGCGAUCUCUCUGGCCAUCAGAGGAACUCCUGGCCACAUUUUUCCGAGGCUCCUUGGAGACUCUGUACCACUCUCGCUUCCUGGGCCGAGCGCAGCUGCACAGCAACCUCAGCCUGGAACUUGGGCCCCUGGAGUCUGGAGACAGCGGCAACUUCUCUGUGCUGAUGGUGGACACAGGAGGUCGAGUCUGGACUCAGACCCUGCAGCUCAAGGUGUAUGAUGCAGUACCCAGGCCCAUGGUUCAAGUGUUCGUUGCUGUAGCAGGGGAUCCUCAGAACUCCAGCACCUGCCGGGUCUUCCUGUCCUGCCAGGCCCCCAACAUCAGUGACAUAACCUAUAACUGGCGACGGGAGGGGACAAUGGACUUUGGUGUCGAACAGCACAGACUCUUCACAAACGGACAAGUGCUGAGCAUUUCACUGGGACUGGGAGACAGGGAUGUGGCCUAUUCCUGCAUCAUCUCCAACCCUGUCAGCUGGGAUGUGGCUACAGUCACGCCCUGGGAGAGCUGCCAUCAUGAGGCAGCAUCAGGGAAGGCCUCCUACAAGGAUGUGCUGCUGGUGGUGGUCCCAGUCUUGCUGCUCCUGCUCCUGGUUGGUCUCUUCUCUGCACGGCAUUGUGGCCCCUGCUCAGGGAAAAAGAAGAAGGAUGUCUGCACUGAUGGAGUGGUUGCAGAGACAGAGAACCCCCUUGUGUAGGAUGUGCCAUGAGG